AUGUGGGUGUUUGGUGUUGGUAGUUUUGGAGGGGGGUUUUUUGGUGUGGUUGUGGGUGGGGUUGAGGGUGUUGGUUGUUUGGUUGGGGUGUGGUUUUUAGGGUGGAUUUUUGGUUGUUGGGUUUGUUUUUUGGUUGGUUUGGGUGUUUGGGUUGUUUGUGGUUGGGUAUGUGGAGUGGUUUGUUUGGGGGGUGUUGGGGGUUUUUUUGGUUGGUUUUUUUGGAGGUGUGGGGUGUUGGGUUGGGGUGGUGUGUGGUGGGUUGUGUGUGGGGGGGUGGUGUUUUGGUGGGGGUGUGGUGGAGGGGGUUUGGUUGGGUGGUUGUGGUGUUGA